AUGAAAAAGCAUCCUAUCAUCAAUUCUAAUACAACUAAUACAAGCAAUAUUAACAAUGAUAUUAAUACUUCUCUAGAAGUUCAAAAUUGUACAACUCAAAAUUUAAAUGCAGUUGACAGAAUGCCCCUUGAAAAUGAAUCCAUACAAAAUAAUAAUUCUAUACCUCAAGAAAAUCAUUUUAAUAAUUGUAUUCCUCUUGCUACAGCUCUUACUUCAUUCCAAGAUUCUGCUCUUAAAUUUACAAUAUCACUAAUCAGUAAUAAUAAUUUUUCUAGAAAAAAUGCUUUUGAUAUUCAAAGAGGUAUAGAAGAAAGCUUAAUAAAACCAUUGGUGAAUUUACUGAAUGAUUUUCUUAAAGAUACAAUUGAAUUGCCUGCAAUACUAUCACAAUUUAAUAAAAUUACAUCAAUAUUAUCAAAUCCAUUUGAAUGGUGUAAUUCUGAAUAUAAGUUAAAUAAUUGGUUGUCUGAAAACAACUUGUACGAAGAAGCAUUGUACGAUUGUACAAUUUAA